GUUUCCUCAUCCCUUCUUCAGAGCCAUCUCACUCCCACUGCCAACUAGGACCUACAAACCAACUCUUCAAGGAAAUGGCUUCCAAGCGGCAAAUGGGCUACAAGUGUCGCAUAGCAGUAGUGCUGCUUCUCCUCUUGGGCAGUAUUGCAGCUCUUGUUGCUGUUGCCAUCAUUCAGGACACCUGGGGGUCCGAACAUUUGAAGAUGUAUGGUAUCGUGAUAGAUGCGGGUUCAUCACGCUCCAAUGUGUUCCUGUACCAGUGGCCAGGGGAUAAGGAGAAUGACACAGGAGUGGUGACUGAGCUAAUGAACUGCAGAGUUGCUGGCGAUGGUAUCUCAGAGAUGGAAGUUGACCCAAAGAAAGAUGCCAAAUCAAUGAAAGGAUUCCAAGAUUGCAUGAACAACAUCUCCAAAGCCUUUCCUGUUCAAAAACAUAAAAAUACACCUCUCUUUCUGGGAGCUACUGCUGGAAUGAGACUGCUGCAUGAACAGGAUGAAAAUAGGUCCAAUAAAGUCCUGGCACGUCUCAGAGAAUACCUGAGCAGUUUGCCUUUUAACUUCCAAAAUGCUGCCAUCAUUACUGGUCAAGAAGAAGGGCUAUAUGGGUGGAUCACCGUCAACUACCUCAUGGGAAACUUCCUAGAGAAAAACCUUUGGAACUCCUAUGUACGCCCAGAUGGGGCAAAGACUGUCGGGUCUAUGGACCUUGGUGGAGCAUCGACACAAAUUGCCUUUGCUGUCCAAGAGGAUCUCAACGGGACUGACUACAUGCAUGUCAAACUUUACGGUUACCCUUACAAUGUCUACACACACAGUUUCCUCUGCUAUGGCAAAAAUGAGGCUGACAAGAGGGUUUUGGACAUGAUAAUCAAGGAAUCAAACACAAGCCCCAUCCCUAACCCCUGCUACCCUGAAGGUUACAACACCACCCUGGUCGCCUCAAGCAUUUAUGACACAGAGUGCACAAAGAAGCCAAUCGGCUACGACCCAAAUAAACAACUAUUCCUUGAGGGAACUGGCGAUGGGGCCAAAUGUGGCAGCAUAGUGAGAUCCAUAUUUGAUUUCAAGACUUGUCACUCAUCCCAGUGUUCGUUCGACGGGGUUGAGCAGCCUCCCAUCGCUGGAGAUUUCAUGGCAUAUGCAGGAUACUUCUACGUUGCUCGGGCGAUUGGGAUAUUAGGAUCAUCAGGUCUUGAUCAAUUCAAUGCAUCAGUUACGGAAUUCUGCAACACACAUUGGGAAGUGCUGAAGGCAAAUAAGAAAUCGAUCAGUGAAAGAUACCUGAGGACAUACUGUUUUGCAGCUCACUAUGUCCUCAGUUUGCUGGCAGAUGGAUACAAGUUUGACAAAGACACAUGGCAAAACAUCAACUUCCAAAAAGAGAUAAAAGAAACCAGCAUAGGUUGGAGUUUGGGCUACAUGCUGAGUAUGUCCAACAUGAUCCCGUCUGAAGUGGCAGUAAUACCCCCCAUGACGGACCCCGUCUUUGCCGGCCUUAUCUUCCUAUUUUCAGCACUAACCAUCAUAACUUUUGUCAUAGUUUUCAUUUUCAUCAUCCGCACUUGCUACUAAGAGUGUAUGUUACAAAGGGAAUGGCCAGCUAUUGUAAGCCUUGGGGGGCUUUAAUCAUGAGCCAUUUACUGCCUUUUAUUUCACCUAUGAGAGUUUAUGAAAUCUGAAGUAAGAGCCUCAAAAUGAAAACCUCUCACUGGUAUCCUGCCAGUGACUGUGAGGCUUUGAGCUAGCUUCAUGUGAGACAGUAAAAGAACACCUUAGUAAAAGUACUGAAAACACUUUUUUAAUUUUGCACCUCAGGGGAACACACACACAGAUUUGGGGUUUUUCAUUUUUUUUGUAUAUAUUAAUGUUUUCAACUGCCCUAAAGGAAAAUGUUGUUUCAAAGGCAAAAACAGAUGACACAUAAAAGUAGUUUACUGUCACGGUAGAUGAUGUAAGAGCAUGCAGAAAUGUCAACAUGCUUGUUCCUGUCGCACAUUGUGUAAUCUGCUAAUCUGCAAACUCACUCACCUUUUUUUUUUUUCCUGUAUUAUAUAUUUAAUUGCACCAAAGGAAUUUGUUUUACAGACAAAAUGGAAGCACUUUGGCACAACUUUAUUUUAGUGUUUUAGUUAAGUUAGUUAGCUUAGCCAUGGAGCUAGCUUUAGUUAAAACGUGCCUGUAUAGAACAAGCCCAUUGUUUCUCCUGUGCAAUUUCUCAAGAUCCACUCAUCCGAUCAACUUCACUCUCGACAUUGCUUCUGUGAGUCCUGUAGCGUUACACCUGCCAUUAUAUAGUUGCGUCACCUUAGCUAUGUCAGGUGAUAACUAGCUUUUUGGGACCAGGCUAUUGCCAAGAACAAAAGCAUUUAUUGCAAAAGUUACGUCGCUGAUGCUUGAAAUAUUUGAGUUUGCUACAAUGUAACAUCUCCAGUCUCUCUUCUUCAUAAAUUGCGGAAUGUACUGUUGUAAAACAGAGACCCAGCAUGCAAUGCACUUUGCCAUUCCUUGGUUCCUCAGCAAUACGCCAAACAAGCAGGAAGUCGAUCAGAUGAUCGGUUGUUGAGAAAACUGAAGGAUAGACAGACAGAUAGAUAUUGGUACUGAGGUACAGAACAACACUCCACAUUAACCGAAUGAAAACCCUCCUAAUAAAAAGAGCUUUGAAUGUGCUAUGUGCCAUUGUUUCAUUAUGAUUUUGCCAAACUAAUUACAUGUUAAAUAAUGUAACUUUUCUUCUCUCAAUAGAUUUGAAUACAAGAUACAUUUUAUACAAUAAACAUUAGCUACUGUUACACCAUCGAAUUUAUAUACAAACCUUGUCUUGUUCCAUCGCUGGGAAGGUUUUCAUUCUGUAUUUAAGAUAAGUUUAUGCUCAGAUAUAUGUGUG